AUGACACAGAUGAGUCUUAGGGAAGCCUCGCCUGCUUUGAAAUGUAGAGCCUUCCACUUAACCCUGGGCGGAGCUACUGAAGUCUGGUACAGCAGACUUCUUCCCCUGACUAUUGGGAUUUGGCCGAACUUGAAGAAAACAUUCUUGAACCAGUACCUCUCACGCAGAGAAGGAGAGGCCCCGGUGCAACGCUUGCAAGAUAUGAGGCAAGCCCUUGGGGAGAUGCUAAAAAGCUAUCUCGCUAGGUUUACAGACGAAAUCACGUACUGCGAGCAGGUCACUAAUAGAGAAACCCUUUCAGCCUUGAAAGGUAGCCUCAACAUGAACACUUUAUUCUGGAGGGAUGUGCGUAGCAAAAAUCCCACCACUUAUGAUGAACUGGUAAAAAUGAUGAGAGUGGAGAUCGUCAGUGAAGAGAUGAUUGAUUACCAAAACCGUGCGGUGCGAAGACUCCCUUCGCCUCAGAGGCAGGCACUGGCUUCUGCCACACUAAAUGUAGUGCCGGAAUUGGCAUAUGAGAAUUUCCCUGGCGAAGCAGGGCCAUCUGGAGGAACUGAUAGUAAUAAAAAGAAGAAGAAGAAGCGAUCAAACAUGCCCUUGGAAGGAGCAAGGUUUUGCUCUUUCCACCAACUCUAUGGGCAUGACACCAACGAGUGCAGAGACAUUCCUCGACGCUCGGAUCGAAAUGACCCAUAUCCCUCUAGGAAGAACAAAUAUCCUCACAGAUCCGCCCCCCCUCCCCCGAACAGGGUAGAGAGAAGGCACAGAGAGCAUUCACCUCGAAGAAGAGAAUCAAGGGAUUGA